AUGCUAGUGUCUGAUGUACAACACAUUGAACAGCAAACCUUUAAAUGCACAUAUAUUACAUUAGAAGGCCAGACAUGUACAGUUGAUAUCAAAUUUCAUAUCUCGGAAUUCCCUAACGAUUUGAAGAUGGUUGCAUUUUUGUGCGGUGAGUUGACUGAUAGUGCCACAUAUUUUUGCUCAUUUGCCAAUGUUUUUAGCAAAGAUGCCACUAAUUUAAACGGCCAGUUUGGCAAGGAAAAAGACAAAAAGUGGCAUCCGUGGAAUUAUUUGGAAAGGGUACAAGUAGCCAAAAGUGUUGAAACGUUCAAGCAGACUGUCGCAAAGCAAAAUAUAGCAGAAAGUACUAAGCGAUCCAAAGUAACUAAUUUCAUAGCCGGCAAAAGAAGUAGGCAAGAAUUUAAACCACUCCUAGGCCCAAUGGUUGAUAGGAUCCAUAUUGAUCCUUUGCACCUAAAAAAUAAUGCAUGUGCACUAGCCCACAGGCUACUUCUACAAGAGGUAUUACUGAUUUCUCAAUUACCCAGUGCAAUGAAAUCAUUUUUGCAGGUUCCCACUCCAGGAACUAAAUGCAAUCUUAGAAGACUUGCAAACAAAAUUAUUAGGUGGUUCAAUGAAAACCGAGAUAGCAAGUUUGAUUAUAGAUUCACCGGAAAAGUUUCUCGGUGCUUUUUGCAGAACUUCAUGUUCCUAAUUGCUGCUAUGGAACCAUUUUUGAAAGAUAAAACUAAGGCAUUGUUUACAUUUCAUGUACUUGCUUACUUGUGUUUAACCCUGCGGGAUUGUGUUUCUGUACUCAAUCGAAUCGAUGUAACCGAUUCACAGUUAGAUGAUUUGGAGAAAAACUGUCGAACAUAUUUUGUCCUACAUUAUCUGUAUUUUGACCACCACCCCCCUACUGCAUGGACAUUGGGAAACAUUGUUCCUGAGCAUGCUAGAGAUAUGAAAGUGAAGUAUGCUAAAGGACUUGGUCUUAAUUCGAUGGAGGGGAGGGAGUCAAAACAUACAUCCAUCUCAAGAUACAGCAAAAACACCAAUUUUAAGGCCAGGUGGGAGCAAAUUUUUCAACAUGAUUAUGUUUUGCUUGUGUGGUUGAGCAAAAAGGGCUACAAUUUUGAAAAACCAGCAUCCGAAUGCUGUUCGCGUUAUAUGUAUAUCCCUAAGCGUGCCACUGAAGAUUCUAAAUUUUGCUAUUGUGGGUGCAAAAAACAGGUUCAGUCUGCCAUAUAUUGA